AACCCGCAGUGACUUCAUCACUGUAGUCUCUCUCUUUCAAUCUCGUGGCUUUCCUUCAAAUGUACUCCCGAACGAAUCAAUGUGAAAAUUAACAUCUCAACUAAUCUCUUCACCUUUUAGAUCUCAUCUUUCAGAACCGACUAAAUCAAAUUUCGAUUCAUGACUCUGAGUUAAACCUAAACCAUGGUGGAGACACUAGGCAUAGGGCGCUUUCAUUUCAAUCACUCGCGCCUCGACGUCCGGCGCUGGGUCCCGGCAUUCCUCUCGUCGCAUAAGACUCUUUUCACCGUCCUAUGGAUGGCCGCUUUCGCUUCCCUCUUCCUUUGGCAGCGAAACGUCGUCGUUGGAGGCUUUUCUUUUUUUAGAUGGGGAGUCUCUUCCAGGCCGAUCCCAACUUUGAGACCUGUGGCCUUUAAUUUAACGGACUUUGGUGGAGUCGGAGACGGCGUUACUGUUAAUACUGAGGCUUUUGAGAGGGCGAUUUCUGCUAUUUCUAAGCUCGGUAAGAGAGGUGGCGCGCAGCUUAAUGUGCCUCCUGGAAAAUGGCUUACGGCGCCGUUUAAUCUAACUAGUCACAUGACUCUUUUUCUUUCUGAGGAUGCUGAGAUUCUUGGAAUCCAGAAUGAGAAGUAUUGGCCACUGAUGCCUCCAUUGCCUUCUUAUGGUUAUGGGAGAGAACACCCUGGCCCGCGUUAUGGGAGUUUAAUCCAUGGUCAAAACCUUAAGGAUGUUGUCAUAACAGGGCAUAAUGGUACAAUCAAUGGACAAGGACAAGCGUGGUGGAAAAAAUAUCGCCAAAAGCUUCUCAAUAACACUAGGGGCCCACUUGUGCAAAUAAUGUGGUCAAGUGACAUUUUGAUAUCUAAUAUAACCUUGCGUGAUUCCCCAUUUUGGACACUCCACCCAUAUGACUGCAAGAAUGUUACAAUAAAAAAUGUUACAAUCUUGGCUCCUAUAUUUGAAGCUCCAAACACGGAUGGAAUUGAUCCUGAUUCAUGCGAGGAUAUGGUGAUUGAGAAUUGUUAUAUAAGUGUGGGUGAUGAUGCAAUUGCAAUAAAGAGUGGGUGGGAUCAGUAUGGAAUAGCUUAUGGACGACCUUCUAAGAACAUUCUCAUCCGAAACCUCACUGUUCGAUCAAUGGUCAGUGCAGGUGUAUCCAUCGGCAGUGAGAUGUCAGGUGGUGUAUCAAAUGUCACUGUGGAGAACCUCCUUGUCUGGAGUUCAAGGCGUGCAGUUCGGAUCAAGACUGCCCCUGGAAGAGGUGGAUAUGUUCAACAGAUAACCUACCGAAAUCUGACAUUUGACGACGUCCGAGUUGGGAUUGUAAUCAAGACAGACUACAAUGAACACCCUGAUGAAGGUUUUGACCCAAAGGCUCUUCCUAUACUGAGGGAUAUAAGCUUCACUGGAGUCCAUGGUCAAGGAGUGCGUGUGCCUGUACGUAUCCAUGGAAGUGAUUUAAUACCAGUGAGAAAUAUUACUUUUCGAGAUAUGUCAGUGGGAAUAACAUAUAAGAAGAAGCAUAUAUUCCAGUGUGCCUUCGUUCAAGGUCGUGUGAUAGGGACCAUCUUCCCUGCCCCAUGCGAGAACCUUGAUCUAUAUGAUGAGCAAGGACGGCUCAUUAAGCGCUCUGCCUCCCAAAACUUGACAGAUAUAGAUUAUGAUUUUUGAGGUGGGAGGUUUACAACUGCAAUGCCUGUGCUUUGGGAGGUCAAAGGCGUCAAUGUAAUUCUGUGUGAGAUAAAGUACGAUGGGUAAAACUAGAGCAGCUGAUCUUGUUGUUAUGUAUUCGACCUUUUUUUUUUCUGCAUUUCAUGGCUUUUUCUUCAAGGAGUUGCGUGUACAGAAAAUUUUCAGUUGUUUAUACAGUCACAGGGUUACUGAAAUGCAUAGUUUUGAUAACUCUA